GGCUCGUCCAGAGACACGUCAAAACGACAGGCUGUGUAAUGUCUUUACUUUUGCCGCCACGCGCUUCUGUCGCAUUGACCGUGCGUAAAGACCGAAGGCAGGACGCGCAGCGCAAUUGGGAUAGAAACUCCGCUCUCCAACGUUCCAAGUUACUUUAACCUCUCCCCGUUUAGGAAAUUACAGCCCUACAAUCUCCAAUGAAGAUUUCGCUUAUUCCGUCAAGUUACUAUCCGUGAGAAUUCGUUUUUUUCGCCAUGAGCUGCUUGGAUGUUAUGUAUCAAGUGUAUGGUCCACCACCUCAGCCUUAUUUUGCCGCAGCGUAUAGCCCAUAUCAUCACCAGGUACGUUAUUGAUGUGUUGUUUAAACUAUUGGCAGAUUUAGUUUAAGGGAAAGUUUAGUCAGACUUUGAUGAAAAACUUUAAUUGCACAUUAUGGCGAGUAGUUUGAUCUAUUCAGGCCUACUGUAUUUUGGCAUUGUCCACUCUCAAAAUUCUUCUGCAUGACAUCCUUCAGUAGAUUGUGGAACCAAUAGUCCUCCUUACCAACAGUUACCUAUUUAAGAGGAAUUUAUUAGCCUAUUGACAAUGCUUACUUUUGAUUGAUGAUUCCUUAAUUAAUAAUGAUAGCCAUUCCUCCUCGUAUUGUUAUUCAGAAGCCUAUCUAAUUUCCGUGAUAAUAUUUUUAUUUGAUAACAUAUAUAUAUAUAUAUAUAUAUAUAUAUAUAUAUAUAUAUAUAUAUAUUAGUUGCUUAGGCUAUAGCUCUCCCUCGGUCUUGUCCUGCACAAUCGAAUCACUCAGGCUAAGGCUACUGCAUACUUUUCCGUUUAGGCUACUGAAUGUUUAUUUUAUUGCUAUUUCAAUUAGGAUAUUUUGCAAUGUGAAAGUUAUGGGUAAAUUAGGCCUAUUCAAAUAUGUAGAUUGAAAAGGCCAAGGCCUUUAUUAACCAAUCAAAACAAAAUACUUAUGGGUCAUUAAUAGAGUUUAGGCUUAAGCUAUGUUUGCAACUUUUAUUAACCGUUCAUCAAGUACAAUUAUUAUUAUGUUAUUGUUUUAAUCUGUAGGCUGCAAUUUAGGACUCUUUACAUUCAUAACAAUUAUUUUGUCUGGACGCGUCAAUUUUUUUUCAUUAAAAUUGAAUUUGUGCUCUGGUAACGAUUUCGUUGGAGCAUGUCAUGUGAUACAUAUCUGUAAAUUAAGUUAAUAAUGCUUGUGCAUGCACAAGAACCAGUAAGGCAUAUGGGCUAUUCGGUUUCCAGACGUGUAUUGGUGCUAAGGUGUGCCACUUUCUUAAAACCUCUCACAGUCAAUAUACAAAUUCAGAUCUUUGUUUGCACAGAGAGCUGGUUUUCAUAUUUCAAAUAGUGCGAACGUCUUCUUUAAAUGUAUUAUGCAGAGAGAGAAGGGAAUACUGGGAUUCACUUCAAAACUCUCCAAUGCUCACAUGUUGCUGCUACUCUGUUUAUUUUCUAUCCUGAUUGCCUAGUCACCUUUACCCCUACCUACAUGUACAUAUUACCUAAGUUACCUCAACUACCUCAUACCCCUGCACAUUGACUCGGUACCGGUAGCCUUCUCCUUGAAUACAGUCUCGUUAUUGUUGUUUUAUUGUGUUACUAUUUCCUUCAACAACAAAAAAAUGUAAUUGUUCUUGCUUUUUAACUCUGCAAUGUUGGGAAAGGGCUCGUAAGUCUAAACCUGUUGUAUUCGGCGCAUGUGACAAAUACAAUUUGAUUUGAUUUGAAUGUUCAUAAUUAACAAAUUAACACGGGUUUAAAUUGAAUAGCUUUGUUCUUGAAUCCAACCACUGCCUCCUCGUUGAGUAGGCCUAUGAAUGAGGAGAGGAUAAUCUUCUUUUUAAGUACCUACCAUUUUGAAUAUAGCGUAAAAAGCGCUCAGAUGCCACAAUAUAACACUUUGCCUUCACCGAAAUGGCCGGCAGGUAGCCUGGCAUUUAGAUCGUUGUGCUAGUAAUCGAAAUGUCGCGUGUUCGAAUCCCUGAGCCGACAAGUUAAAAAAUCUGUUGAUGUGCCCUUGAGCAAGGCACUUAACCCUAAUUUCUCCAGGGUAGCCUCUGGUAAUCCCUGGCCGUGACCCACCAAACUAUUAUGUGCAGGUGAAAUUCAAGUAGAUAAUUGGUAACUUGAUGCCUUGAUAGGAAUUCAUAUCAAAUACAUGGCAAGGCUAAUAAAUUCUGACGUUUUUAUGGGAUGUUUCAGAAAUUGGCAUUUUAUUCCAAAAUGCAAGAAGCGCAAGAGAGCAUCAGCGGUGGCAGCUCGUUCUCAAACCUCCCUGGGCCGACGAUAAAGGAGGAAGACUGCGCGCGUGAGAAAGAUCACCCUCCCGAGGCGGAGUACCUGAACUCGCGAUGCGUGCUCUUCACCUACUUCCACGGGGACAUCAGCUCCGUGGUGGACGAGCACUUCAGCCGGGCCCUCAGCCAGCCAACCAGCUACGUCCCCGGGUCAGCCAGCAACAAGUCCGCACGAGGUAGGCCUACAUCCACCUCAUGGAGAGGUGCACUGUGCAGAUCACAGAGCCACUCCAAACACCUGUUUCAUUUCACCACAACGACUGUGUUUUUAGGCAUAUAGACGAUAAAGGAUGGCAAGUAUGCCUAGGUCUUGCAUGCAUGUGAGUUUUUAGUUUUUUGUAUAUUAUUGUGUUCACAUCUUACCCUUACCCAAAUAAACUUCCUUUUAAACUUUGGAUUUUUGGAACAAAUCAAUUAAUCACCUGUUAUGCUCCCAUAGUUUCAGUUUCAGUUUGCAGUCAUUCACUCUCAUUUGUGUUGGAUCAAAAUUGCAACGGAAUCACAAAGUAAAACAAAAUUGAUGGUCAUGAUGAAUUGCUGGAAAUAAGGCAGUUGAAAAUAUGAUAACAUGGGGUUCAGUGGAAUGUAGGGCUCAGACUUAUUCACUAUAUUGUAGGGGAAUUUUUAAUGAGGGUUUGGUAGGCUAUAAUUUGUUCUGUUGCAUAUUACUCCCUUAAUGAAUUAAUUUAAAAUGUAAUUAUAUGACCAAUAUUAUAUAGCCAACCAUUCUCCAAUUUUGAUCAACCAUCAGGAAUAACUGACAACAACUAUAUUUAUCCAUGCAUCUUUCCCUAUCAUGUUUUCCUUUAUUUCAUCCUUUCAAUUUAAUUGAUAAUUUAAUGAUCAUGGUCGCUAUUUAGCCACAUCCUCAGAACAGGCUUAUCGAUCGUCACCCACAGAUACAUUCAUAGUUUUUACCACUUAAUUGAUCUGUGAUUGAGCAUUUCAAUGUGUCUGUGGAUUCCCAGAUGGAUCAUUCCCGAUGAGCCAGAGGAGUUUCCCCCCAUCCUUCUGGAACAGUGCGUACCAGCCCUCGUCCCUGAGCAGUGCCUUAGGAUCCUCCUUCUCAGAGAUACCCUUCCCUGGGGACUCCUACUCCUCUGCCUCCCUACACAGCCACCUCCACCAGGCCACCCCAGAGCCCUGGCACCACUCACACCACCACCACCACCCUUACUCACUCGGCGGGGCCAUCGGCACCCAGGGCUCCCCCUACCCUCGACCCAGCAUGCACGAGGUCUACGGCACGCACUUUGACCCCCGCUACAGUUCUCUGCUGGUGCCCUCUGUGCGGCCACAUCGGCUCCCUCCAUCCGCUGUCCCCGGGCCCAGCGCCUCGCCGUGUGACAUUGGGAAGAGCGAGUCAGCCAGCUCAGCCUGGACCGGGGCGUUCACAGGGGCAGGGGCAGACAUCAGCCAGAGCAUCGGCCUCAAUGUGGACGCAGGUAACAACAACAGCAAUAACAACAACAGCACACAACAUGCAGUGUUAACUCUUCACAAAGGACUAGCUGUUCCAAGUGUACUUCAGAAUAGCCUAUAUGAUUUCAUUUUCCUCAAACAUUCACAACUACUGGGGCCUCCCGAGUGGCGCAGCGGUCUAAGUCACUGCAUCGCAGUGCUAGAGGUGUCACUAAAGACCCGGGUUCGACCCGGGCUGUGUCGCAGCCGGCCGCGACCAGGAGACCCAUGAGGUGGCGCACAAUUGGCCCAGCGUCGUCCGGGUUAGGGGAGGGUUUGGCCGGCCGGGAUGUCCUUGUCCCAUUGUGCUCUAGCGACUCCUUGUGGCGGGCCAGCCGCAUGCACACUGAUUUCGGUCGCCAGCUGUACAGUGUUUCCUCCGACACAUUGGUGCGGCUGGCUUCCGGGUUAAGCGAGCAGUGUGGCUUGGCGGAGUCGUGUUUUUGAGGACGCAUGGCUCUCGACCUUCGCCUCUCCGUACGGGAGUUGCAGCGAUGGGACAAGACUGUGGAUAUCACGAAAAAGGUGUAAAAAGAAGAAAAUAUAUAUAUAUUAUAACAUUCACGACUACUAUUGUGCGCACUACAAUUCAUUUAAUGUAAAAGUUAAGAAACGGUGUGGCGCCUUACACCGGGGUUAUGCUUACAUUCAUAACAUUAUGCAGGUUGUUGUUUGUGAAGGCCACUCUCCAACACUAAGAAAGACAAUUAAUUUGUGGGGUUAACAGGUUGAGUUCUUAGUCUCUUCUUUCUGCUGGGAGGCAAUAUGCUUUUUCACACUUUUCUGCUUCAGGGCUUCCUGCUUCUACAUAUAAGCCAUUUGGUCUACCUCUUCCUAAUCCUUCCCUCCCUUGUCUUUUCUCUAUUUUGUUCUCUUUCCUGUCCUCUCAGGUCUGCAGCCCCAGGAUAAGAGCAAGGACUUGUACUGGUUUUAAAGCUCUGCUGCCCUCCCAGGCCUGAGUUGGCCUCUGUGUUGUUCUGCACUGUAUGAUAUUGACAGACUUUUUCUGUAACAGAUUCUAAUCUCACUUGCAGCUCGAUGCUACACCCUCUGUGGCGGAAACAUCCUCAGCUGAAAUUACUCCAUUGUGGAUACUCUACUGGAAAUGCAGUGGACAAGGGAGAGAAUCUAAAACGGAGACUCUCCUACUUAAGAGAAAGGAGGGCAAAAACCAUGCAGGACUUGCUUGCCAGAAAUGCUCAGUGGUGUGACUGACAAAUGUUAUCUGGCCAAGACUGAACGCUUUCAACUCCUCCAAAGAGGAAACAUAUUAAAAAAUAAAAAUAGAGUGAAACUGGAACAUAACAAAUUAGAUUUGACGAGAGCAUACUCAAAGACUGGAGAAACACUAUUUGCUAUUGUGCUUUUAUUUAUCCAUGAAAGGAGAGGAGCAAGAGAGAGGAGCAUUCUCUAACAUGACUGAAGUGAGCAGCGGCUAUUUGAAGCCAUUUGACUCUAUGUUUCUCCCCAGCAGCUGUCAACGACAACUGUUUCAGAACUCAACGGACACACACACAAUCAUACUGUCACUGCACAGUGUUUGACCAGGGGCUCUGGACUUCAUAAAAGGAGCAUUUUGUCAAAUCUGGACCCCGACCCACAGGGAACAACUGGUUUGACUGGUGAUUUUGAGGUGCGGGGUGGACAGGGGGUAGCAGAAGUGGACACACACAACUUUGCUAUGUAUGUCUGUGUGCCAUAUCUGUGCAGUGCUACAGUAUAUGUGAGAAUGUUGCAUUAAAUAUUUGGAUGUUU